CUCAAGAUGUCACAACGUCUCCCAAGCACGAAAUGGCUGUGGUGCCUGCUAGUGCUCUCUGCAGGCCCGGCGUGGAGCCCUGCAGGCUCCGUCGCCGUCAAGGCACCUCCCAACACCCCCGCCACGGUCGAAGCUCAGGCUAAAUUCUUCCAGGAUUUUUUCUCAGUGCAGCUAAGUCCGUACAAGAUAGAGUUUGGCCAUGUUUGCGAGGACCCCAACACCUGGGAGCAACGUUACGAGAAGAAAGACUUCAAAAACCACCGGGACAUGGGCAAAGUGCGAUGGGGUGACAAGCAAGGAGGGUACGGCGAACAUUACUGGGACUUGAAUCAUGCUGGACACGCGGGUGACCAUGGCAACGACGAUUACAGCAACGACGGUGACAAUGGCGCUUAUAGGGUCCACGAUGAUGAAAGUAAUGACCCUUACGACGAACCCAGCGAACACUCUCCAAACUUUAGCGACAAUUAUGACCCUGAAAGAGCAUCUUCUUACGAAGAAACUAACAGAGCUAAGCGAGCUCAACCUAAACUUAAAGAGAAGAAAGAUGAUGGUAGAGAAGGAAAACUGAGAAUUAAAGUCCAAGAAGAAUCUGAAGAAGAUAGCGAAGAAGAAGAGGAGGAGGAAGAGGCUACUACUUCAGCACCGAGGCUGAGAAAGAAGCAGAAACGGCAUAAGCCAAGAGAGAAGAACUACGAAGAGGAACCUCAAGACACAAAGCCUCCAGCUGAAACGAACCAGUUUGAAUCCAGACGCCAAUCAGAACCGACUCAAUUCAGUGCGUAUGAGCAAGAGCCAAAAGCUGCGAAAACCAAUCAGUACGAACCUAGAAAACAACCUGAACAGACUCAGUACACCUAUGAUCAGCAGGAGUCAAAAGCAGCAGCCAAAGCCAAUCAAUACGAACCGAGAAGACAACCAGUGCAACCCCAAUAUGGUUCUUAUGACCAGCAAGAAUCAAAGCCAGUAGCUAAACCCAAUCAGUUCGAGCCCAGACGUCAACCUGAACAGACGCAUUACGUUCCUUAUGAGGCAGGAGCAGGAGUCAGACAAUAUCAUGCUCCAGAAGCAGUCGCCGCUGCAUCAGCACCAAGACUCUUUCUAGAACCUUCCACGGGACACGUCGUAGACAGAGCCACUGGACAAGCCUACAUUUUGCAACCAAUCGUGGCUAACUUCAAUUAGGUGUUACAUAC